AGUCUUGCCUCCUGGAUCAUCCUUUCAAAGUCAAAUACCAGAGCCAAGGCCCUUCACCCUGACCUGCCCCUUCUCUCCCAUUUUCUCCUUAGCGAGCCGCGGGUUGGGCCAGAAAGCCUACAGCUGUCUCCUCCCUUCCCAGCCCCCAGCUCCGCCGAGGACCAGCUGUGCUGCAGGGCGAACUCCACUCUGGACUGGAGCUCUGGAGCUGCUCUCGCAGCCAUCGCCGCUCAUGACCCGCCUUCCUUUACCACUAGCUUCACGCUGAGCCUACCCCACCGAGCUCCGAUCCAAAGUUGGGCUCCUCUAGAAAUUCCCUCUGACGCCGCUCCAGGCGACGGUUUCUACCUCACCCCACAAGCUGCACCGCCCGGCUUCCCUCCUACUCCCCGCUGUCCCACCACCCCUGAUUCUCAGUCCUCCCCCUCUCCUUUCUACUCAAAUCCAUCCCGUUGCAGUGGGCUGUCAGCUUGCAGUCUGAGAGAGGCAUCUUUCCUACUCUCCCUGAAGGGCGACUAUGCUCCUGUGGGGUGUCCUCCUGGCCGUGCAAGCGCUGCAAUUUGCCAGAGCUGUGGAGCUCCCUGCUGGCUCCUGUGCCUUUGAAGACAGCACUUGUGGCUUUGACUCAAUAUUUACAUUUUUGCCAUGGAUUUUAAAUGAAGAAGGUCAUUAUAUUUAUGUGGACUCUACCUUUGCCAAACAGGGAGAGAAAGCAGUCCUGUUAAGUCCUGACCUCCAGGCAGAGGAGUGGAGCUGCCUUCGGCUAAUUUAUCAGAUUACCACAUCUUCACCAUUUCCUUCCAUCCCCAGCCGGCUGAAUCUCUACAUCAGGUUUGAAGGAGAGAACUUUGAUCGGUUGCUAUGGUCAACCAAGGAGUCUUCUGAUAGCUGGCUCAUAGCCAGUCUAGAUUUGAGAAACAGCACCAAGAAAUUCAAGAUAUUAAUAGAAGGUGUACUGGGGCAGGGAACUACAGCCAGCAUUGCAGUCUUUGAAAUUAAGAUGACAACUGGAUAUUGUAUUGAGUGUGACUUUGAAGAAAAUCAUCUCUGUGGCUUUCUGAAUCGUUGGAAUCCCAAUGUGAACUGGUUUGUUGGAGGAGGAAAUAUUCGGAAUUCACAUUCAAUUCUUCCUUAUGAUCACACACUUAAAAGUGAACUGGGCCACUAUAUGUAUGUGGACUCUGUUUAUGUCAAGCACUUCCAAGAAGUUGCCCAACUCAUCUCCCCAAGGACAACAACUCCCAUGUCUGGUUGCCUGUCUUUUUAUUACCAGCUUCAGCACGGGAAUGACAAUGUUUUCACUCUUUAUACUCGGGAUGCCAGCGGACUUUAUGAAGAGAUAUGGAAAAUUGACGGUUCUAUGAAUGAAGCAUGGAAUCUAGCUGAGGUUGACUUCAGUGCUCCCUACCCAACAGAGGUUAUUUUUGAAGUUGCUUUUAAUGGUGCCAAGGGAGGAUACAUUGCCCUGGAUGAUAUUUCUUUCUCUCCAGUUCACUGCCAAAACCAGACAGGGAUCUCUUUUGAUACUACUGAAGCAAGCUGUGAUUUUGAGGAAAAUCUGUGCAAUUUCUAUCAAGAUAAAGAUGGUCCUGGCUGGAGUAGAGUGAAAGUGAAGCCUAAUAUGUAUCGAGCCGGAGACCACACUACAGGAUUUGGUUAUUACUUGCUGGCGAACACGAAGUUUACCUCACAGCCAGGUUACAUUGGACGUCUCUAUGGUCCUUCCCUGCCAGGAAACUUGCAGUAUUGUCUGCAUUUUUAUUAUGCCAUAUAUGGAUUUUUUAAAAUGAGUGACACCUUAUCUGUCUAUAUCUUCGAAGAAAACCAUGUGGUACAAGAGAAAAUCUGGUCAGUCUUGGAAUCUCCACGAGGAGUUUGGCUUCAAGCUGAAAUCACAUUCAAGAAGCCCAUGCCUUCUAAGGUUGUUUUCAUGAGUUGGUGUAAAAGCUUUUGGGACUGUGGCCUUGUAGCACUGGACGAUAUAACAGUACAGCUGGGAAACUGCCGGUCUACUGAGAUGCUUCCACCCCCACCAGGAGAAUGUACUUUUGAACAAGAUGAAUGUACAUUUACUCAAGAAAGAAGAAACCGGAGCAGCUGGCAUCGAAGGAGAGGAGAAACACCCACAUCCUACACAGGUCCAAAAGGGGAUCACACUACUGGGGUAGGUUUCUACAUGUACAUUGAGGCAUCUAAUAUGGUUUAUGGGCAAAAGGCACAACUGGUGUCAACAACUCUAAGAGGAGUCAUUGGCAAACACUGCUUGACAUUUUUCUAUCACAUGUAUGGAGCAGGAACAGGCCUCUUAAAUGUUUACUUGAAAAGGGAGGGUUAUAAAGAAGAGUCCCUCUUAUGGAGAAGAAGAGGCGAGCAGAGUAUUACCUGGCUGCGAGGACUGGUUGAAUAUAGCUCUGAAAGGCAGCACCAGAUUGUUUUUGAAGCUAUUCGAGGUGUGUCAAUAAGAAGUGAUAUUGCUGUUGAUGAUAUUAAAUUCCAGGCAGGACCCUGUACAGAAAUAGAAGAUAUGACUCAGCAGUCAUCAGGAUUUUCUGAAGAUUUGAAUGAAAUUGAAUAUUAAGAAACAUUUUCUAAAUUGGAUGACAUGCCAUAGCAACUAAAUAACUGAAAAACUGCACAAUCUCUCUCCCAUCUUGGAAAAAAAAAAGCAAUUGAAUGCUGAAGAGUUUAAAAUAUUUCACUGGUGUGUAGAAAGAAUUUGGAGCACCUUCCCUCCUCACUUUUGCAAGUUUACUGACUCAGGGGGCUUUAUAGACCUUUCUUAUUUUUUUUUCCCUUUGGCAUAUGACAACUGUUACUAUAUGUACAGGCUUUUCUAUUUUGCACAGAUCUUGUAUUUUCAUAUUUUUAUUAAUUAUAAGUCAUUUUUAAAGUAUACAGAUCAAGGUAAGAAAAGAGGUACAACAGGACUGUAUGUAAGAAUUUCAUGCUGAUGGACCCUCAGUAAUAGUAACAGGUAUACGAAAAUAUGCCAGUUGGCAAAGCAGUGGGGACUUCCAGAUAGGGCCAGGGUAUUCCCAAAUGGGACCAGGACCCCAAGUGAACCAGUGUGAAUAUGGCCUUGGAGUAUAAUCCAAGACAACAUGCACUCACUUAAAUCUGCAUUCAAUGAAUGUUUGUAUUGGGUGGAACACUGGUCUUAUGGGGGUUUGGUUUGGUUUUACUUUCAAGAAUAUUAAAUGUUUAAAGUAAGUAGUAUUGGAUAUUGGUAAUAUUCUACAGAAUGAAUACAAUUUUUCAUGGUAACAAGUUUGGAGAAAAGUCUUUUACACAUUAUAUAUUAUGUUCCACAAAAAUGAAAAUUUUUUACAUGUUGCCAUAGCAAUUACUAUAAUGAAUCUAUUUGUCAUUCUUGUGUAUGACAAAUGGACCUCUAUGAGUGUUCCAGCACCAAUCAGUUAAUGCUAUAUUAUGAGGAAAUGCAGUCUUUUUCCCCAACUUUAAAUAGUACUUUAGAGAAGUCACCAGCCUUCAGUGAGCAUGUAGAUAGAAAUUACAAAUUUUUAUAAUGCAGGUCUGAAACUAUUUAUGCACACACUCUUACCACUUUUUUUAUCAAUCUAUUAAAUAAUUUUGUUGAGAUGAGAUUUUUUAAUAUUCUAGUUUUAAGAAAGCUGGAUUCAAGCAAUUAAAUAGAACUACUGGCUAUUAUUGAACUUUUAAGAUAGUCUAUACAUGUAUACUCCAUCAUGCUGUUUUGAAUGACAAAAAUAUCUAAUAAAUGAAAUUUUAAAUAA